ACGCAGUUCCUCGCGCCCGAGACACCGCGACAAGUGGUCAAACUCGAGUCUAAGAGCUAACGGUUUUUUGACUUUGAGCUUCAGCCCACCGCAAUGGGAAUACACGGACUUGCUAAGCUGAUUGCUGACCAGGCCCCUGGCGCCAUUAAAGAGCAAGAUAUCAAGAACUAUUUUGGCAGGAAAAUUGCUAUAGAUGCUUCGAUGUGUAUCUACCAGUUCCUGAUUGCUGUGCGACAAGAUGGGAACGUUCUGCAGAAUGAGGAUGGAGAGACAACAAGCCACCUGAUGGGAAUGUUCUACCGGACAAUCCGCAUGCUAGAACAUGGUAUCAAACCGGUGUACGUGUUUGACGGCAAGCCCCCAAAGCUCAAGUCAGCAGAGCUGGAGAAGAGAGGAGAGAGGAGGGCAGAAGCUGAGAAGCUGUUGGCUCAAGCCCAGGAAAUUGGGGAACAAGAGAAUAUUGAUAAAUUCAGCAAGCGGCUGGUUAAAGUCACCAAGCAGCAUAAUGAUGAGUGCAAGAAGCUGCUGACCCUGAUGGGAGUGCCUUACAUUGAAGCUCCAUGUGAGGCGGAGGCCAGCUGUGCUGCUCUGGUUAAAGCAGGGAAGGUCUUCGCCACAGCAACAGAGGAUAUGGAUGGGCUGACCUUUGGGACAAAUGUCCUGCUCAGACACCUCACAGCCAGUGAAGCAAAGAAACUUCCUAUACAAGAAUUCCACUUCAGUCGAAUGCUGCAGGACAUCGGCCUGACCAAUGAACAGUUCAUAGACCUUUGUAUUCUGCUGGGCUGUGACUACUGCGCCACCAUUAAGGGGAUUGGCCCCAAAAGAGCCAUCGACCUGAUCAAACAGCACGGCUGCAUUGAGGAGAUCCUAGAAAACAUCGACCUCAGUAAGUACCCUGCACCAGAGAGCUGGCUGUACAAAGAGGCCAGGGAUUUGUUUUUGAAGCCAGAAGUGGUGGAUUGUUCCACAGUGGAGUUGAAGUGGAAUGAGCCGGAUGAGGAGGGACUGAUCCAGUUCAUGUGCAACGAGAAACAGUUCAGUGAGGAAAGGAUGCGUAAUGGUUGUAAGAAGAUUGUGAAGAGCCGACAGGGCAGCACACAGGGACGACUGGACUCUUUCUUCACUGUCACUGGAUCUCUGUCCUCCAAACGGAAGGAACCUGAUGUUAAAGGUUCAGCAAAAAAGAAGCAGAAGACUGGAGCAACACCGGGCAAAUUUAGGAAGGGAAAAUAGACUGAACAUAGGGCUCCUUAGAUGAAGCAAUAGUUGUAAUGAAUGACACAUACUAAAUAGAGUACAAAAAAGCUCCAGGUUAUGCAGGAGGAAGCUGCAACACAGUACAAGGUGGAAAGAACUGUAUGAACAUGACCAAACAUGAUGUUGAUGUAAAAAAAAAACAAUCUUGAGUGUUUUAUUGAAGUGUGUUUUCUGUUAUUGAAUAAAAGUACAAGUGACAU